AUGCAAUCCUUUCCUGUCUGUCCUUCCUUUCUGUCUUCCUAUCUGUCCUCUUCCUUCCUUUCUUUCUUGCUUUCUGUCCUCUUCCUUCCUUUAUUUCUUCCUUUCUGUCCUCUUCCUUCCUUUCUGUCCUCUUCCUUCCUUUCUGUCCUCUUCUUUCCUUUCUGUCCUCUUCCUUUCUGUCCUCUUCCUUUCUGUCCUCUUCCUUUCUGUCCUCUUCCUAUCUGUCCUCUUCCUUCCUAUCUGUCCUCUUCCUUCCUAUCUGUCCUCUUCCUUCCUAUCUGUCCUCUUCCUAUCUGUCCUCUUCCUAUCUGUCCUCUUCCUAUCUGUCCUCUUCCUAUCUGUCCUCUUCCUAUCUGUCCUCUUCCUAUCUGUCCUCUUCCUUCCCCUCUGUCUUCCCUAUCUUCCUUUCCUAUCUGUCCUCUUCCCUAUUGUCCUAUCUGUCCUCUUCCUUUCUGUCCUGUUCCUGUCCUUCCUUUCUGUCCUCUUCCUUUCUGUCCCUAUCUGUCCUCUUCCUAUCUGUCCUCUUCCUUUCUUUCUUCCUAUCUGUCCUCUUCCUUUCUUUCUUCCUAUCUGUCCUCUUCCUUUCUUUCUUCCUAUCUGUCCUCUUCCUUUCUUUCUUCCUAUCUGUCCUCUUCCUUUCUUUCUUCCUAUCUGUCCUCUUCCUUUCUUUCUUCCUAUCUGUCCUCUUCCUUUCUUUUCCCUAUCUGUCCUCUUCUUUCUUUUCUUCCUAUCUGUCCUCUUCCUUUCUUUCCCAUCCUAUCCUGUCCUCUUCCUUUCUUUCUUCCUAUCUGUCCUCUUCCUUUCUUUCUUCCUAUCUGUCCUCUUCCUUUCUUUCUUCCUAUCUCUUCUUACUGCUAUUCCCUUCUUAUUGUUUCUUCUCUUUUUUAUUCCUUUCCCAGAUCUCUUCCCUUUUAUCUCAUUAUCUUUGCCCAAACUUUUUAUUCCUCACAAUUCUUUCUUUCAUCAUUAAUUUCAUUCUUUCUAUGCAAUUAUUCCUUCUUUCAUCGUUUAGCCUAUUCCUUCUUUCAUUUUUUUAACUUAUUCCUUCUUUCAUUUUUGCUAACUUAUUCCUUCUUUCAUUUUUGUUGA